AUGAAAGAACUUCGAAGGGAGAGAUCCGAGAUGGAUUACAAACUACGAGACGCCGAACGACGACAGGAAGAAUUGGAUAAGAAGGAGAAACAAUGGAAAGAGUUUGAGGCCGAGUUGGACCGCCAGGAAGCAGAGGCACGCAAUUAUCCUGUACCCGAGUUCCUCAAGGCUUCUGGACACACUGAUAAGGUCAACAUCGCCAUCACCGGUGCUGCAGGCACGGGCAAGUCUCACUUGAACAACCGUUUGCGUGAAGUCAAACGAGAUGAUCCUACGUGGGCACCAGUUGGCGUAGUGGAGACCACACAAGAACCGACAAUGUACGAGUUCCCUGGUCAGUCUCUUGCGAGGGUGUGGGAUCUGCCCGGUGCUGGGACUCCGAAGUGGCCGCUGACUGACUACAUCAGGAGGGUUGGUCUCCGGCACUUUGAUGCGGUGCUCGUCGUUUGUGCGGAGCGCUUCACAGAAGCUGACCUCAAGCUCAUGGAGGAGCUGACCCAGUACAAGGUGCCCUAUUUUGCCAUACGCCAAAAGGUCGGCCAGGCCAUCGAGAACAACCUGAUUGUGAAUGAAGUUCCAGGAGGAAGCACCAAGCAGGAGAUCUUUGCCUACCUGCGAAAGCAAGGGGUUCAGAGACCGUACCUCAUCGACUCCUUCGAGCCUACGAAGCAUGACAUGCCGAAGUUGCGCCGGGAGCUCGUUGCCACCAUCACCAACGCUCGCGGUGGUGAAUUGUGA